GUCUAAUACAAUGCUAAUUAACAAAUCAGUGGAUAGGUCUGAUACAAUGCUAAUUAACAAAUCAGUGGACAGGUCUGAUAGAACACUAAUUGUCAAAUCAGUGGACAGGUCUGAUAGAAUGCUAAUUAACAAAUCAUUGGACAGGUCUGAUACAAUGCUAAUUAACAAAUCAGUGGAUAGGUCUGAUACAAUGCUAAUUUACAAAUCAGUGGACAGGUCCGAUAGAACACUAAUUAACAAAUCAGUGGACAGGUCUGAUAUAAUACUAAUUAACAAAUCAGUGGAUAGGUCUGAUACAAUGCUAAUUAACAAAUCAGUGGACAGGUCUGAUAGAACACUAAUUAACAAAUCAGUGGACAGGUCUGAUACAACACUAAUUAACAAAUCAGUGGACAGGUCUGAUAUAAUNCUAAUUAACAAAUCAGUGGACAGGUCUGAUAGAACACUAAUUAACAAAUCAGUGGACAGGUCUGAUAGAACACUAAUUAACAAAUCAGUGGACAGGUCUGAUAUAAUGCUAAUUAACAAAUCAGAGGACAGGUCUGAUGCAAUGCUAAUUAACAAAUCAGUGGACAGGUCUGAUACAAUGCUAAUUAACAAAUCAGUGGACAGGUCUGAUACAAUGCUAAUUAACAAAUUAGUGGACAGGUCUGAUACAAUGCUAAUUAGCAAAUCGGUGGACAGGUCUGAAAAAACUGAAAGAACACUAAUUAACAAAUCAGUGGACAGGUCUGAUACAAUGCUAAUUGUCAAAUCAGUGGACAGGUCUGAUAGAAUGCUAAUUAACAAAUCAGUGGACAGGUCUAAUAGAAUGCUAAUUAACAAAUCAGUGGACAGGUCUGAUACAAUGCUAAUUAACAAAGCAGUGGACAGGUCUGAUAGAACACUAAUUAACAAAUCAGUGGACAGGUCUAAUAGAAUGCUAAUUAACAAAUCAGUGGACAGGUCUGAUACAAUGCUAAUUAACAAAUCAGUGGACAGGUCUGAUAGAACACUAAUUAACAAAUCAGUGGACAGGUCUGAUACAAUGCUAAUUAACAAAUCAGUGGACAGGUCUGAUACAAUGCUAAUUAACAAAGCAGUGGACAGGUCUGAUACAAUGCUAAUUAACAAAUCAGUCUGAGCUGUUCAUGUUACUUUUAUGCUAAAUAGUAAAGGGCUGCUGCUAGUGCAAUCUAAAGCUUGGACAUAUAAAUACAUAGUGAAGAAAGUUGUGAAAUGCCAAGUUGCAAGAUAGAACUUUUAGGGGAGGGAUGUGCAAUAUUUCAUAUCAUAUGUGAACCCUAGAAAAGGGACAGACAACCACGAGGUUGUCAACCUAUAUGUGAACCCUAGAAAAGGGGCAGACAACCACGAGUUUGUCAAAUUUUUAUGUUUCUCAAUAAAGUGUGUCAUUUGGAGUAGUAA